AUGACAGGUUUGUUGAAAAAACAUGGGAUUAUUCACAAGGUGGCGAUGACUUACCAUCCCCAAACAAAUGGCCAAGCCGAGGUGUCUAAUAGAGAGAUUAAGCGCAUACUGGAAAAGAUUGUUAAACCUCAUCGGAGGGAUUGGAGUACUAGACUUGCAGAUGUGCUAUGGGCUUACUGGACAGCUUACAAGACACCCAUCGGCAUGAGUCCAUUCUGCCUAAUCUACGAAAAGGCUUGUCACCUACCGGUAGAAGUGGAACAUAAAGCUUAUUGGGCUGUGAAGGAAUGCAACUCAGGAUUAGGAGGAGCCGGAAUUGAAAGAAAGCUGUAA